AUGUUAAAAAUAGUAGAAAGAUGUAAAGUGAUUACUUUUUUACUUCUUCCUAUUUCUUCUUUAUUUGCAAUUGAUGGAAGUGCAAUACUGAAAGAAUUAGGAGAAAAACAAUAUCAAAUUAUUAAUGCAAAAUCUUCUUUAUCUCAACAUGGGACAUGUUGGCAGAAUGCAGUUAAAACAAUGAAAGUCAGUUGUGAUAAUUUAAAUGAUGAAGAACAUAUGUUACUUGCUCUGAAGUUAACACAUUGUUUUUUGGAAGACUCUGGGCACAUAACUGAUAAUUGUUAUCUUAUUAAUUCAGAAAAACGACGAGAUUGCAUUAAUACAAUGUCAGAUAGAGCAUUCAAUGCAUACAAUGAAUUUUACAUACAUACUAUACAUAUGUGUUUUUAUUUAAAUUAUGAAGCAUGGCAAGCUGAAACUGACAAUACUAUUAAGCAAUUACACCAAGUUUCUUCACAAAUGAAAGAACAACUAUUGGAAGCUACAGAAGUACAAGGAGCUAUGCUUGAAAGUCAAAGACAAAGUUUAAAAAUGCAAAAUGAGCUUUUAGAUAAUGGAAAAGAGUUGGGUAUUGUGUUAAAAUCUUCUUCUGAAAGUGUUAACAAUAUGGUCAAAGAUUUUAAAGAGUCGGCGAAAGAUCAAAGAGAAUUAUUGAUCCAAAUCUUUUCGUAUUUACGUUCAUUUCAAAAUUGGAUUAUUGGAGAAGUUUCCUGGUUUCAAUCUAUUAUGUAUUACACAAUUAGUUGUAUUUUAUGUGCGAUGUUUAGUUCCUCUAGAAGAACUAUGGAUGCUAGAAUCAUACUUUUCACAAUUCUGAGUAUAAAUAUUGUAGCAGAACGAAUGUUAGUUCAAUAUUAUGAUAAUGUUACAUAUCACUCCGGUGACAAUAAGGAAACUUUAGUGAGAACAACGUGGAUGUACAGAAAAGUAGCUCUGACUCUUUGUGCUAUUGUGUUGUUUUGUACAUACUAUUUGUACAAAGAUGAACAGGUGGAAAAUUAUAAAGCAUUAAAACGUAUUGAACAGCAAUUAAAUACUAUUCAAGAAUGCACAUCCAUUUCUGAUAAUUAUCCAAUUCGUUAUCUUACACGAUCAACUCUUAAACGUAUACAGGCGCAGGCAAAUAAACAAACUAUUAUAAAAGCUCCUUUGUGA